AUGUGGGCUGACACUAUUUUAAUUGUAUUUAUUAGUAUUUGUACAGCUUUAUUAGGAGAAGGUAAUAAUAUUUUAAAUAUUGUUGUUUUAAGUUUAAGGUUAUAUUUAUUUUUCUAUAAACCUCUAUAAAUAUAACUUAAUUAAUUUUAAUAUUAUUGACAGGUUUAACAUGGUUGAUGGUUUAUAGAACAGAAAAAUACCAAAAAUUAAAAGCUGAAGUAGAAAAGCAAAGUAAAAAAUGUAAGUUUUUAAAUAAUAAUUGUAUUAAGAAAUAUUGAUAAGUUAAACAUGUGCAAACAAAAUGCAAUGUCAUUAUGUUCAUAAAUUAUAUUUUUAUUUUUAAAUUAAAUUAAUUUUAGUGGAAAAAAGAAAAGGAGCACAUGGAGAUUCGUUAGAUAAACAGCAGAAAAAGAAAAUUGAACGAGAAGAAGAAAGGUUAAAGAAUAAUAAUAGAGAUUUGUCUCUUGUAAAAAUGAAAUCAAUGUUUGCAAUUGGAUUUGCAUUUACAGCUCUCUUAAGUAUGUUUAAUAGCAUUUUUGAUGGUAGAGUUGUAGCAAAAUUACCUUUUGUACCACUUGGUUGGAUACAAGGAUUAUCACACAGAAAUCUUCAAGGGGAUGACUAUACAGAAUGUUCAUUUAUUUUUUUGUAUAUACUAUGCACUAUGAGUAUAAGACAGGUAAAUUCAUAUUUUUUAUGUUUAACUUGAUUUUAUUAUUACUAAUACUAUUUAUAAGAAAAACUAUUGGUUGCAGAAUAUUCAAAAAAUGCUUGGAUUUGCACCUUCUAGAACUGCAAGUAAACAAAGUGGAAGUAUUUUUGGUCCUCCACCUCAACAAUUUAAAUAA